AUGGGUCUCAUUUACUCCCGCGCAAAUAAUGCAAUAGUCUGGUUGGGAAGUGCCGAUUCAUCAUUCAAGCCUGUCAAAGAAUUCCUCGAUAAUCUGAAUCGACAAAGAGAGUAUCUCCGAUCAUUCUCAUCCGAAUCUCGAGAACCCGCUCCCAGGCGCAGCAAACCAAAUCAGAACGAUCCCGAGUUUAUGAUGGCUCUCAGAGCACAGCACCGUCCAACUAGUGUACUUCGCGGAUUACUAGAACUUUUUUCGCGGCCGUAUUGGGAGCGAGUUUGGAUCAUCCAAGAGAUCUCGAAAGCUUCGAAAGUCGAGAUCAUGUUUGGUCAAUUUCGAAUUUACUUGAAUCCUCUCUUAUUAGCUUCGAGAAAUCUUAAGAACUUAUCUGAACGUACACGAGCCCUCCUUAGGGCCAUCAUCAGAUUCAGGGCCCAGGAACAAGAACUCGGAGGGCUCUCAACGAACGCUCGCAUGUCAUUGUCUGAGGCGUUGAUAAGAAGCAGAUACUCUCUUGCUACAGACCCGCGAGAUAAAGUGUAUGCCCUUCUGGGAAUGACGAGCGAUGGGUCUAACCUUGUGCCUUUGCCGACGUAUGCCGGUUCAGUUGAGAAAAUUUUCUAUGAUCUGACGAAUGCGAUGAUCAGGUCUCAGCAACCAAGCAAUGUCAUCCUGCUUGCGAACUGGGUGCCCUUACAGGAGAGAUUCAGAAACGCAGCAAAGUGGUGUAUUGAUUGGGCAGAGCUGGGUUAUCAUCUUCCACCUUGGCUGACCCAUACACCACGAUCAAUAUCCAGAAGCAUCUCCUCUCGUGCCGAGUUCAACGGAUCAACCUUAAUCACAAAAGGCCAGUAUAUCGCAACAAUCACGCAAGUGGAAGGAUCUUCAAGAGUCGGUCCAGCUUCUCCAGCUGCUCGAGACAGUGCAUUUGGCAUUCGUAGAGGUCCAGAAUCGGAAGUAAUGAACGGAAUCUGUUCGGACAUCCUGAAUAGGCUUGCGCCAGGCUUCAGAUCUACCACACUUCUCAGCCAGACUGAAAUUACCGAUGCUCUCGCACGCAUGAUAAGAGACGUCAAUAAGAGAGAGGCCUCAGCAGAUUACGAUAUGAGCAGUGUAGAGGAUGUCCUUGACCAUCUUGGUUCGCUUUUGUGGCGGAGAAAUCCAAUCUGGGAAUGGGCAAGGCAAUACAACCAUGCUCGAGCUUCUGAUGAUGACAAAGACGACCAAUUGACCACUAGUUCUACAAGAGUGGCUUCUCCUUCAGUUCAGACGCAACAAAUAAUCGUCCCGCUUCGGCAGGACAAGAAAGCUGGGUUUUGGAGACGUGGUAAGAGCAGUGGCACCAGUCAUUCUACCGCAGAAUCCCCGUCCUUCCUUAUGCCUCCUCAAACUCCGCUCUCGAAACCAUUGGGCUCUCCGUUGUCACCUCGGCCUCGAGCACCCCCAUAG